UCCCAGUUCCCCAUUCCCCGUUCCCAAUUCCCCAUUCCCAGUUCUCAAUUCCCAAUUCCCCAUUCCCAGUUCCCCAUUCCCAAUUCCCCACUCCCCAUUCCUGAUUCCCGUCUAAUCUUUAACCGGAGGCGUUUCCAGCUGGGUUUUGUUGGUUCAUUGCUCUCCUGCCUCAUUAAUUUUCCCCUCCCUCUCCGGCCAUUCCCAGUGUUCCGGGGCUUUUCCUGGAGCUGCCUCACACUGGAGCUGGCAGAGAGCGGAGGCGGCGCUGCCAACGCCAGGAUCGGGCCGUCCUGAUCCUGGGAAUCGCGGCGGGAGCAGUGCCAUUCCCGCGGGAUGCAGCCGGGAGGGCUUUGAGGCGCCAUCCCAAGGGAAGCCGAGCUGGAAAAGGCCCGGAUCCGGAGCCGGCCAUGCCGAGCCCCACGGCCCGGCUGCUCCGCGCCCACCAGGUGCCCGAGAGUUACCGGGAGCCGGGGAUCCUCUCCGGGUACCGCCCCCCCCGGAGCUCGGCCUGCGAGUGCCUGCUCAGCCUCUUCGCCAUGAACAACGAGACCCUCAACAUCUGGACACACCUGGUGCCCGCCGGGCUCGGCGCUGGCGUAUUCCGCCUACGUCUUCCCGCUGGAAUGGGUCGGGAGCACAUUCCACAAUUUCUACGUUCCCGUGGCCGUGCUCAACUCCGUGCUCAGCACUGGCCUGUCCUGCUAUUCCAGGUUUCUGGAGGCGGAGCGGCCCAGCCUGAGCAAAGCUUUCCGAACUUUGGCCUUCGUGUAUCCCUACAUUUUCGACAGCAUCCCAGUUUUCUACAGGCUGUCCCGGAGCGCGGCCGGGAGCUGCUCCGAAGGCUCGCUCCCGCUGCAUUCCCGGCACAGCCUCUGCGCCCUCCUGACCUUCCUGAGCUUCACCUCGCGCCUGCCCGAGCGCCUGGCGCCGGGGAGCUUCGACUUCAUCGGGCACAGCCACCAGGUUUUCCACAUCUGCGGGAUCCUGGGAACGCUCUUCCAGCUGGAAGCCGUCUCCGUGGACAUGGCGGAGCGGCGCGGCCGCCUCCCGCUUCCCUCUUCCCUGGAAACCUUCGGAUCCCUGGGAAUGGGAGCGGCCGCCAGCCUGGCCAUCCUCGGGGUCUGCUUCCGCAGCCUCUGCCCGGAGCCUCCUUCCCGGGAAAAAUCCCACUAGAAUCAUGGAUUGCCUGGGAUUUCUGGGAGCAGUCCCAUUCCAGAGGUGUUCCCAUGGGGGAAUUGGAUCGCCUGGAAAUAUUCCUUUGGGAAUUUCCCAAAGGAAAGCUGCACCGGUUUUAUCCACGGAUGGGCUGGGAAACGCUUCCCAUCCCGUUGUUAUCCACAGGGAAAGCGUCAAAUAAUCGGGAUUUGAUCCCUGAAGAGGGAGGGAAGCGCUCCUGCUUCCCAAAGAAUCCGGCAUCCCUCAGGUCUGCCACGGGGAGAAAUCCAGGGAAUGUUGGCAUCGCCAGCUGGGAGAUUCCCGGUGGAGCCAAGCACUCCUAAUUCCCGUUUUCCCCUUGGAUGUGGCAUUCCUUUGGAAUUCCAAGCCUUGCGCUCAGCCCGAGUGCCUGGAAAGGUGGGGUGGAGGGACUGGAGUUUCCCUCCCGUUUUAAUUCCCACCGUUUUCCCUCUUUAUCCGGGAAAAGGGAUUCCAGGAGAGCUCCAAGGGGAUGUUCCCGCAGGAAAGCUCUUCCAGGGUCUCAUUCCGGGAAAUCCUGAGAAGUUCAUUCCCGUGGGAAUUCCGAGUUUCCACAGAGGGGAUGAUGGAAUUAAGGAAUUCCGUCCUGUCCUGGGUAUUCCCAGGAUGGAUCCCAGGACUGGGGGUGGGAGACGGGAGAGCUCCAUGCCCCAACCUCCCAGGAUUUGGGAUCCUUUAGGAAAAGGUUUUGAAUAUUUUGGGGAUUGGGAUCCGCAGGGAGGGAGAUGCCAGGAGAAAAGCAGGAUUUGGGACAGCUCAAGGGUUAAAAGCGCCCUGGAAUUUUAAAGAAUUCCCCGGAUUUUCCCUCUGUUGUUCCUCGUUUUCCUUCCCUGCUGCUCCUGGAUUUUGCAGGGAGAGCCUGGAGCUCCAGGCUUUUCCAGGAUCCAGGUUUCCCUCUUGGAUUUCCCUGCAGGAACACGGCACACACUUUAUUCUUUGGGAAUAUUUUCCUGGAUAAUCCCACGGCUCUUCCAUUAAUUUCCUUCUAACUGCCUUUGCCGAGGUCUGACUGCUGCACUUUGGGAGCUGCUGGAAUUUGGGAUAUCACAAUAAAAUCUGGGAUGAACGGGUGAAAUACGGGAUAAAUCAAUCCUUGGGAACGCUGACCGGGAUUUUCGGGAUAUUUAUAAGCACUGGAAUUGUUUUUCCGACGGUUUUAUUAAAUUAAUAUAAAUCACUGAUUUUAAUCUGCUUACUAAUAAAAAAUAUUCCUGGGAAAACAAA